GAGCACUGGUUGGUAUUGUGAUAUUGUGUUAACAUUUGUCAGGAUGGGUCUUUUGCGAUGUGUGUUAGUGCUGGUUGUGCUUGUGGUGUUUGAUCUGAAGACUGCUUUUGGAAGUUUGAGAUCCAGUCAAAGUCCAAAAAGCAAGAAGUAUCAAUCAUAUCCCGCUUCCAGAGUGCCUGCUGUUUCUUCUCAAGGGCUCACCUUGCAGAAGGCUUCUCCGUUUCAGAGUCUUGACUCCAGAAGAUUUGCACAAGAGCCUCUUGGUGUUCAGGAGAAGCAGGUGUUGCGGGGUCCAGUGAAGCCUUUGGACUGGAGGUUUCCCAUUGUUCCAGAGGUGCCGAGAGAGAUGGCGGUGGACUUCCACUUGAGGCAACCUGUGACUCCCAGUAGUGUAGCUAUUCAAUGCGGUGAGACCCGGAUUCAUGUUGAGGUACAGCAGGACUUGUUCAGCAAUGGUCAACUGAUCCAGCCAUCUGGUCUGACUUUGGGAGGAUGUCCUGUUGUCGGUUUGGUCCCAGGCUCUAAGGUGCUCUAUUUUGAGAAUGAACUGCAGGACUGCAACAGUGUGUUAAUGAUGACCAAGGAUGAGCUUGUCUACACCUUUGCUCUUACCUACACUCCUGAGGCAUUUGCUGGCACUCCGAUUACCCGUACAGAUGGUGCAGUUAUUGGUGUUCAAUGCCAUUAUCAAAGGUUUCAUAAUGUCAGCAGUAAUGCCUUGAAGCCAACUUGGGUCCCUUAUGCUUCAACGGCGGCUGGUGAAGAACUCUUGCUGUUCUCCCUGAAGCUCAUGAUGGAUGACUGGUCUUAUGAGAGGCCUUCAAACUCUUACUUCCUGGGUGACAUUAUUAAUGUUGAGGCAUCUGUGAUGGUAUACAACCAUGUCCCUCUGCGUGUGUUUGUGGACCGCUGUGUGGCCACCCAAGUACCUGAUGUGAACGCCCUUCCGAGAUAUUUGUUCAUUGAGAAUCAUGGAUGUCUUGUGGAUGCUAAGGUCACUGCUUCCAGCUCACGCUUUAUGCCUCGAUCCCAGGAAGACAAAAUCCGGUUCCAGCUGGAGGCCUUCAUGUUCCCGGGGGGAUCCAGUCGUUCUAUCUACAUAACGUGUGUCCUGAAGGCCACUCUUGCUUCUGCACCUAGUGAUGCGCUCCACAAAUCCUGUUCCUUUGCCAAUGGGUGGCUUGCUGCUGAUGGGAACCACCAGGUUUGCAGUUGCUGUGACUCAACAUGUGGUCCUGAUGGUGGAACGGCUGCUGCUCCUUUUGGAGGUGUUCAGUGGGAAGGGCAGGCCUCACUCGGGCCUGUAGUGGUUCAAGAGCACAAGAAGACUUUAACUGGUUUUUAAUAAAUGUGGGGGCAAACCUA